AUGGCAGCCAAGCAGAGCAGCGAGCCGGUGGGGCUGGUCCAGUUGCGGGGCCGCUGCGCUCCGAAGACCUGGAAGAUGUGGAUGCUGAAGGACAUGCAGGAUAUAACAAAGAACAGCAAAAGCAGGGCUUGCAUUCUCAGCCAGAUUCUGCCUGUACUUAUGCAUCAGACCAAAACACUGGUGCUCCCAUCCUGUAUCACAGAUUAG